GGCGCCCUGGCCUGGUUGGAAUGCUGCUGAAGCUUGACUUGAGCUUGGCCUCCGGGCUUGGCCUGGAAUGAAUGGAGUCGAGUUUGAGGAAACUUUCUCUACCUAGAGAAGAAAGUGAGAUACUGCUAUUCUGCAAUCUGAUGAGUGCAAGUUCUAAAUCACAAUGGCAGAGUUUGGAGCUCAUCUUACUUCAGCAACCACUGACAAUCGACCAUCAUUCUUUGAGGUUCUUGCCCAAGAGAGCCUGAUGGUUACUUUGAGACCUGCUUUGUCUUAUUUCUUAAAGGUACUUGCCGAGAAUCACCCUGCUCAGUUUGGAAGACUACAUCGAUGGUCUGAUGAAGUAUACUCCACCCUUGAUCUUAUACUACAGCAUCACUUUCUCACCAACACUAGUGCAUCCUUUGCAGAAAAUUUUUACAGCCUGAAGCGAGUUCCCCUCAGUUCAACCUCUGUUGACUCUACAAUAUCACAUGGUCUCCCAAAGAAAGAACAUUUGCUGUCAUUAGCACUGCUUGUUGUGAUUCCAUAUAUUAAGCUGAAACUUGAUGCAAAAUUUCAUAAGUGGACUGAUGAAUCUCUGGAUGCGAGUGAUAGAGGGCGGCAAAGCAUUAAGAGAUAUAAGAAAAUCUUUCUUGCUGUGUAUCCAUAUCUACAUCUUUCUUGGGAAUCCUCUAUUCUAGUCUAUCAACUCCGAUAUCUGUUCAGACAGUCACAUGUCCAUUCUCCAUUCCUUAAACUUGCAGGGGUGAAAUUACAAUACUUAUCCAAGGAAGAUAUGUUGUCAUCAAGUGACUCCAGUGAUGCAAUUUUAUUUGCAGAUCUAAGUUUGAAAUCAAGAUUACUGUACUACAUGAAGAGACUGGUAGGAGGAGUUGCUAUUGCUAUCUCAAACGGUUUAUCUAUGGGUGUCUUCUUUCUUCAGUUUCUAGAAUGGUGGUACAUGAGUGAAGAUCACCAUUCUGCCUUAGCUGCUACUUCAUUGCCUAUUCCAGAGCCUCCCAAGGAGCGUGAUCCAGAAUACUGUCAGAUUCUCCUACCAAGGGAUGUGACACUCUGCCCUCUUUGUCAGAAGAAACGAACCAAUGAUACUACUUUAUUAACAUCAGGCUAUGUAUUCUGCUACCCUUGUAUCUACACUUACAUCAAGAAACAUCAGCGCUGUCCAGUGACCCGCUACCCUUCAGAACUCUGUCAUCUCAUCAAACUAUACCCUCCUGAUAGUUGAGACUGGGACCAUAGAUCUUCCACAAGGACAGCUAAUCAUAUUUAGUUUGAAAUAAAAAAAGAAAUUUGAUUAAGUGCUUUAUUUUGUAUUCAUGUGCAAUCUAUUACUUGCAAAAAUUUGAGAUCAAAUUGUUACUGAGAUAAAGUAGUAUAUUUUUGUAAUAUUUCUGUGAUUAAUAUUGUAACAUUUUACAGUGUUUUCAAAGUUUGAUUUGUGUAAUGAUUGUCUAAUUAGAAUAAGAACAGUAUUAUUUAUUUUAAUGUCAUAAAUCAUAGAGAUGAUUUCGAGUUUGGUGAUGUUGUUGGUUUUAUGUCGAUCUUUACACCAGCCACUGCUGUAAACUUGUGAUUAGGAUGGUGCUAGGACUUAUAUUACUACAUCUUGAGGCGUCAAUAAUGUGAUUAUCAUUCUACUCAACCACCAUUUGAUGGUGUAGCGAGGUAAUAAGAAAGCCUGAUACACAAUCUCAACACUAUUGUGUGCCGGCCAAUGACUGCCAUAGUAAUAUUCUUUACAUCGAUGAUGCUUAAUUGCUUUAUAAUAUAGGCCCCUUCGGAAAUCUUCAUCCAUAAGCUUCAUUCCCAUCUUGACCAAAAAAAACUGUCACAAGUAUUCGUUCAUUCCAAGAACCAUCCCAGACUGGAACUCCCUCACACCCCCAACCAUUGAAAUCAAGAACAUAGAAACCUUCAAGCGAAACGUACUUCAAAUCUACACAAAACAAAGCAAAGACUUCAAAAGCAUCUUCUCUCUCUGUGCCAUUAACAUCUGCAUACUUCCUGCCUGGUUGGCUCCCAUUGUGGGGCGUGCAUAGAAGAAGAGGAAUAAAAUAACCGAAUUUCAAUAAUCCCACUGCUCACCAACCAUUUUGAAGCACUCAUGCUCCACCCGUUUAUCUGAUAAACAAGUAGAACAUAAAUAAUAAAUGUGCAGCAGAUAGACAAACAAAAAACUUGAAAAUUCCUUUUUUGUCUGCUCAAAUUAUCCCAUGUGCUGGGAAAUACCUAUGUACAACAAGCUUGCAUUACUUGGAAUGUUGUAAUAGACACAAGUCUAUAAUUAUCUACCUAAGUUAUCCUAAUAUUUACUUUACAGUUCAUAAUUUGAAGCAUUUUUGGUUUGGGGAAAUUGCAAUAUUGUCUCAAAAGAAUGCUUGAAGGGAGAAUAUUUUGUAAUAGUUUUACAAUAUAAUAAACCUCACUUGCACCUCA